AUGUAUGUGAAGCAGAUCAUCAUCCAAGGCUUUAAGAGCUACAAGGACCAAACUGUCAUUGAGCCAUUUUCUCCUAAACAUAAUGUCAUCGUUGGGCGCAAUGGGUCCGGAAAGAGUAAUUUCUUCGCAGCCAUUCGAUUUGUCCUGAGCGAUGCGUACACUCACCUUGGCAGAGAGGAGCGUCAGGCUCUCUUGCACGAAGGUUCCGGUUCAGCUGUGAUGUCCGCCUACGUGGAGAUCAUCUUCGAUAACUCCGACGAUCGAUUCCCUACCGGCAAGCCCGAACUUGUUCUUCGUCGCACCAUCGGAAUCAAGAAGGACGAAUACACACUUGAUCGCAAGAAUGCCACUAAGAACGAUGUCAUGAACCUCCUCGAGUCUGCCGGUUUCUCUCGAUCCAAUCCCUACUAUAUUGUCCCUCAAGGUCGGGUUACUGCUUUGACAAACAUGAAGGACUCCGAGCGACUGGUUUUGCUGAAGGAGGUCGCUGGUACCCAGGUUUAUGAAGCACGCCGAUCAGAGUCUCUCAAGAUCAUGAACGAGACCAACAGCAAGCGCGCCAAGAUUGACGAGCUUCUGGACUACAUCAAUGAGCGACUUGCUGAACUUGAGGAAGAGAAAGAUGAGCUGCGAAGCUAUCAGGAGAAGGACAAAGAAAGACGUUGCUUGGAGUACACUAUUUACUCUCUAGAGCAGCAGGAGAUCAGCAAGGUCUUGAGUGAGAUUGAAGAACGCCGACAGAAUGGCGUCGAGGAUGCCGACAACAAUCGUGAACAAGAAAACGAAUUGCAAAAUGCCAUCGAUCAGAUCGACGCUGAGAUCGCCGAAUGCCGCCAGCAGAUUGAGUUCCUCAAGGUUGACAAGGCUCAACUUGAGGAUGAGCGCCGUGAAACUUCCAAGACACUCGCCCAAAAUGAACUCCAAGCCAAAUCGCUUUCAGACAACCAGGCCGCGGCACAAGCAUCAAAAUCGCGACACGACGCUGAUUUGGCCUCAGUGCAGAAGGCAAUUCGGGAGCGGGAAUCGGAUUACCAAGAGAUCCUCCCUCGUUUCAAUGCUCUGAAGGACGAAGAAGAUGCGGUUAAAUCUCAACUUACCGACGCAGAGUCAUCUCGCGGGCGAUUGUAUGCGAAGCAAGGGCGAAACUCGACAUUUAAGAACAAGUCAGAGCGUGACAAGUAUUUGAAUAUGGAGGUCCGCGAAACUCAGAACUCUAUCAAGUCUGUUCAGGGCGUGGUGACCCAAACACAAGAAGAUAUUCAAGAGCUCGAGUCCGCGAUCACUGCUCUCGGGCCUGAAACAGAGCGCCUACGUGAACAGAUUGAUGGAAGAGGCGACACAAUGCACUCCGUGGACGAGAAGGUACAGGAUGCCAAAGACGAGAGAGAUCGUUUGAUGGAUCAGAGAAAGGAGCUUUGGAGAGAAGAGGCCAAACUGGACUCUGUCAUCUCGAACGCAUCCCAGGAAGCCGAUCGCGCCGAACGCAGUCUCUCCUCUAUGAUGGACCAGAAUACCAGUCGCGGAACAGCUGCUGUGCGUCGCAUCAAGCGCCAGCACAACCUUGAAGGUGUUUACGGCACUCUUGCUGAACUCUUCGACGUGAACGAAAGGUAUCGCACUGCCGUUGAAGUUACAGCUGGGCAAAGUUUGUUCCACUACGUCGUUGACACAGAUGAGACUGCCACGGCCGUCCUUGAGAUCUUGCAGAAAGAGAAGGCCGGUCGCGUGACGUUCAUGCCACUCAACAGACUUCGAUCGAGGCCUUUGGACAUGCCCCGUGCUAGUGACACGAUUCCCAUGAUUGAGAAGUUGCAGUACGACCCAGCAUACGAACGGGCCUUCCAGCACGUAUUUGGCAAAACCAUCAUUUGCCCUAACUUGCAGGUUGCCUCACAGUACGCACGCAGCCAUGGUGUCAAUGCUAUCACUCCCGAGGGUGAUAGAUCAGACAAGCGCGGUGCGCUGACUGGUGGAUACCACGACUCGCGCUCAUCUCGACUUGACGCUGUCAAGAAUGUGGGCAAGUGGAGAGACGAAUGUGAAGCCAAGCGUAACCGCGGAGUUGAAAUUCGGAAGGAGUUGGAGAAACUCGACCAGAUGAUCACGAAGGCUGUGGGUGAAUUGCAGAAGCUCGAACAACAGAGACAUCAAGUCCAAAACAGCAGUGGCCCACUGCGACAAGAAUUGCGCGGUAAACGCGAUCUUCUUCAGAGCAAGAAUGACACCCUCGACGCCAAGCGACGAGCGCUCCGGAACCUCGAGUCUAACCUUGCGGCUCUUAACGAGCAAGUCAGCUCAUUCUCUGCUGAAUUGUCCACACCUUUCCAGAAGGCUCUCACCAACGAAGAAGAGCAGCGACUCGAGAGUCUGGUUACCACCAUCAGAGAACUUCGCCAACAGCACCAAGAACUCUCUGGGCAGCGCAGUGAGCUAGAGGCUCGCAAGUCAGUACUGGAAGUCGAGCUUCGAGAGAAUCUCAAUCCUCUCCUUGAUCAACUUCUCAACCGGGAUGUCGACAAUGCCGACGAGGAAGUCCAGGGCAACCUCAAGGAAUCCCAACGGGAGGUCAAGCGGCUCGGUCAGGCUCUGGAGAAAUUGAGCAAGCGGUUAGAGCAGGUCGAUACCUCGAUCGAGGAGGGCAGUGCUCGUAUCUUAGAAUUGCAGCAACGCAACGCAGAGACCCGACGCGAGGUGGAAGAACUCCGUCGCUCCAUCGACAAGCACCGGCGUCGCAUGGAGAAGAGCACGCAAAAGAAGGCAGCACUUACAAAGCAAGGCGCUGAAUGUGCGGCUAACAUCCGCUCUCUGGGUGUUCUCCCCGACGAGGCAUUCACCAAGUACCAGAACACCGACUCCAACACCGUUGUCAAGAAGCUCCAUAAGACCAACGAGGCUCUGAAGAAGUAUUCACACGUCAACAAGAAAGCCUUCGAGCAAUACAACAGCUUCACCAAGCAGCGUGAGACAUUGACUACUCGUCGUUCCGAGCUGGACGCAUCGCAGAAGUCCAUUGAUGAUCUCAUCUCUGUCCUCGAUCAGCGCAAGGACGAGGCCAUCGAGCGCACCUUCAAGCAAGUCUCUCGCGAGUUCCACAAUGUGUUUGAAAAACUUGUUCCGGCCGGUCGUGGUCGUCUGAUCAUUCAACGCAAGACAGACCGCGCUACCCGUCCGGGUGAAGAGGUUGAUUCCGACGAUGAGGAUGCACACCAGAGUGUGGAGAACUAUGUUGGCGUUGGCAUCAGUGUCAGUUUCAACAGCAAGCACGAUGACCAGCAGCGUAUCCAGCAGCUCAGUGGUGGACAAAAGAGUCUUUGUGCGCUUGCCCUCGUCUUUGCUAUUCAGGCUUGCGAUCCCGCGCCCUUCUAUCUCUUCGACGAGAUUGAUGCCAACCUGGACGCCCAGUACCGAACGGCAGUCGCGCAAAUGCUCAAGUCGAUCUCCGACUCUACCAAUGGACAGUUCAUCUGCACCACCUUCCGGCCUGAAAUGCUGCACGUGGCGGAGAAGUGCUACGGCGUGAGCUUCCGACAGAAGGCCAGUACUAUUGACGUGGUGUCGCGGGAUGAGGCCCUGAAGUUUGUGGAGGAGCAGAAGACAUGA